AUGCCCUCAACAUCGACCAUCAGAACUAUCCUACCAACCACGCGAGCCAUCAAGCAAACCCAACAGGCUAAGCUCAGAUCAUUUGCAACAGUCACGAACUCGGUCCCAACUAACCCUUCCGGUCGCUCUCAUGGAGGCUUGAAAGACCAAGACAGGAUCUUCCAGAAUGCAUACAUGAAACACGACCAUCUCCUUAAGGGUGCUCAAGCCCGAGGAGACUGGCAUAAGACCAAAGACAUCAUCCUCAAGGGCCACGAAUACAUCAUCAAAGAGAUCAAAGAGUCUGGCCUACGGGGACGAGGAGGUGCGGGAUUCCCAUCGGGCCUGAAAUGGUCAUUCAUGAACAAGCCUGGUUUCGAGAAAGACCCUCGUCCGAGAUAUCUCGUCGUCAAUGCUGACGAGGGCGAACCCGGAACCUGUAAAGAUCGCGAAAUCAUGCGCGGCGAUCCUCAUAAAUUGGUCGAAGGCUGUCUCGUUGCCGGUCGGGCCAUGAAUGCAUCUGCUGCUUACAUUUACAUUCGAGGUGAAUUUAUCAUGGAAGCCCACCAUCUACAAGCGGCGAUAGAUGAAGCGUACAAAGCGGGCCUCAUCGGCAAGAAUGCCUGUAACUCAGGCUACGAUUUCGAUGUGUAUCUGCACCGAGGAGCGGGAGCUUACAUUUGUGGAGAAGAGACGGCAUUGAUCGAGUCGCUGGAGGGCAAGCAAGGCAAGCCGCGAUUGAAACCGCCGUUCCCGGCUGACGUGGGCCUGUUUGGAUGUCCAACGACGGUGGCCAACGUCGAAACCGUUGCGGUCGCUCCGACGAUUAUCCGCAGAGGCGCUUCGUGGUUCAACUCCUUCGGGCGAGAACGCAAUAGUGGCACCAAGCUCUUCUGUAUCUCCGGUCAUGUCAACAACCCGUGCGUCGUCGAAGAGGAAAUGUCAAUCCCCUUGAGAGACUUGAUUGACAAGCACUGCGGCGGCGUAAUCGGUGGAUGGGACAAUCUGCUGGGAAUCGUUCCUGGUGGCUCAUCUGUACCAGUAUUGACUAAACCUGAAUGUGAAGAAGCUUUGAUGGACUUCGAUUCGUUGAAAGAUCUCCAUUCGGGAUUGGGAACAGGCGCGGUGAUUGUGAUGAACAAAUCGACCGACAUCGUAGCAGCCAUUGCCCGAUUUGCAAAAUUCUACAAGCAUGAGAGUUGUGGACAAUGCACUCCGUGCAGAGAAGGCACUACAUGGAUGGAGAAAAUGAUGGACCGAUUUGUUGUCGGCCGGGCCCAUGAGCGGGAGAUUGACAUGUUGUGGGAACUGACUCGGCAGAUCGAGAACCACACCAUCUGUGCCCUGGGUGAUGCAGCAGCUUGGCCAAUCCAAGGAUUGUUACGGAAGUUCAAACCGGAAAUUGAGGCGAGAAUCCAGGACUUCCGAGCCAAGAAUGGGCCAGUGCUUCUGGGUGGAAGAUUACAAUCCGAGGUGCCGUUGAAUGAAAUUAUUCCUGAUUCGUUCUCAGCUGGCUUCGACCGUGAGAACAAGUCUCUAACGUCCUCCUAG